AUGGCCUGGCCUCAAGAGAUCCUAGCAGCAGCCGAAGACAAAGACUUUAAACUCGCCGGCUGCGGCCUCUUCGCCCAAGUCUUAGUAUUAAUCGAAUCUGGUAUCGCUCUCAAGAUCUGUGAUGAGCCGGGAGAAGCUAGCGAGGUAGAAAAAAAAAAGAUAUAUGAACGAUUAGGUCGUCACCCCCAGAUUCUAACGUCUUAUGGAAAAUGUGAAUCAAAAGCUGGUAAAGGUCUUACCCUCGAAUACCUUCCUGCGGGCCUCGUGGUGCGGCAUUUAGCACAGGAGAAAUACCUAGAAGAGAGGAAGGAAUGGCCAGCUCAAGCAAUUAAUGCAGUUACAUACGUCCAUUCUAAAGGUGUCAUCCACGGCGACAUAGGAGCACAUAACUUUCUGGUUUCAAAGGACGGAUCAGUCGUACUUGCCGAUUUCUGCGGCUCUAGUCUUGAUGGUUCAACGGCAGCUGUAGCUCCCUCAAUACGCUACAGUAGACCUAUCUCUAUGGAGGAAAGGUUGCUGAAUAUCCGUGUUAGAGAUGAUCUCUUCGCCCUUGGUGCCGUGUUGUAUGAGAUUGCGGUCGGGAGUCGGAUUUGGGAGAGUAAAGACGACAGGAACGUCACGAAGUUGUAUGAGACGGGAGAGCUCCCCGAUUUACAAGGGAUUGAGGCGAGGUUGGCAAGGGUUAUUAAGAAGUGUUGGAAGGAUCAAUAUGAGAGUGCUGAUGAGAUCCAGGCUAAUUAUGCUCAACUAGAUGAUGGCCUUAAUGUGGAAGAGUAA